AUUACUGGUGCUCAAAGCUGCAACCCGCAUCUGCAUGUGCAUCUAAGCCUCUCCUUUAAAUUGGUCGGUACAAGCAUAGAACAAAAGAAUUACCACCGCAAUACCUACCUCUAGUAUUCGAACGAAUAAUAGUAGCAUUGACGAGGCUCACAAGCUGCAUCUCAGCUGAGAUUACCUUACGACACACUUGUUAUCUCCUGCACAGCACUACGACUUUACAACCUGACCUGCUUGGUGCUUGUUUGAUAAGAAACUGGUAAGGGAAAUCCGAAUCGCCGAUCAGCUGCUUUAUCCACGCGGAACGUUAUUCAAACAAGAUAGCACCUCACUGCACCUCACUGUAACGCACAAUAUCAAUCUGAACUGGCUAAUUGGCUCAUUGGAGGAUCAAACGAACCAGCAGCCCUCUGGAUUUUUUUUUCUAAAAAAUUCCAAGCGCGUGCAGGUGUUUCUAUCUUUCCCCAUAGCCUCUUUUUCCUUUACCCCCCCUUUAUCAGCAACACCUUCACCGACACUCGAACCCAUCCGAAAUAAAACAGGACUGCAGUUUGCUUAUUUUCAAUUCACUGUUUUAGGUAUCAUCCAUCCAGGACUGCAACCCAGCAGCUGACAACUAGUCUACGCGUUGUCGCGUAGAAGAUGUCUUCUGCUGCAUUGCAGUCAGCUCAUCAGCCCGCCGCUAUACCUACUCUAAAUACACCAUCCCCAGCUACCGCCUCAUCCAACCGCCAAUCUCCUAGCCGUGACGGUCGAUAUGCUGGCCGUGAGAACGCGAACGCUUCCCCUGAAUCUUCAAGACGACCAUCCCGACGACCGAGCGGAAACAGCGCGAGCGCGACGAGCCCAAUCCCGACCUAUCAAGACCAAGUACAAUCAUCUCCGAUGACGUCGAGAUCCGCGCUGGCCUCGCCAGUACCCGUAGCAGGUACUCCGGUCGAGUUCGAAAGGUCAUCUUCGAAUCGGCGAAGAAAUGAACCCCCAGUUGCUCCUCCGCGAACAUCAUCUACGCAGCAAGGAUCGUCUUCUGCAGCAAACCCUCGAAGAGCGGCCCGUGCCGAGGAGCGAGCUGCAAACUCGCCAAGACGAACGGGAGAUGGUGGUAGAACGAGCACAGGCGGACAGUCGGACCCCGCACGAGCAGGAUAUGACGAUCCGAGUUCCCGAAGUCGAAGAGCGGCAUCUCAACACCUGGAACCUGCUCAAAGACCGAGUAGCAAUAGGGAUCACAGACAAACCGUGACGACUACGAUGCCUGUCAGAUCUGCUACAAACGCUUCCUCGAAGCAGCCGUCUCGUGAGGCCAGUGAAGUACUUAAUCGCGUUAUCGUGUCUCAGCCCGAGGAUGAUAUUGAGAGAGAACAAGAGCGCCUGAACGAGGCCCAAACCCAGUCUGGACGCCGAGUUGCCGAUGAGGAUAGCCAAGCUCUUAUAGCCGCAAAUGAUGUACCUGAAGAGACCCGCCGCGGAGGUCGAAGUCGCCACGACCAUUCGAAGCGCGAAAAGGGUCAGAAAUUUGGAGAUUAUUAUCUAGGAAAUGUGAUCGGAGAAGGUGAAUUUGGCAAAGUGAAACUCGGCUGGAAGCAAGAUGGAGGCGUUCAAGUCGCUAUCAAACUCAUACGGCGAGAUAGCGUGGGAAACAACCCGUCCCGGCUGGCCAAGAUCUAUAGAGAAGUCGCGAUUUUACGCGGAAUCUCACAUCCUAAUAUCGUUAGAUUACAUGAGAUGUCCGAGACGGAGCGUCAUAUCGGAAUAGUCCUCGAGUACGCCUCUGGUGGCGAGCUUUUUGACUACAUCCUCAAUCAUAGAUUUUUAAAGGAUGGCCCUGCUCGAAGACUUUUCGCCCAACUUAUAUCGGGAGUCGGAUAUCUUCACAAGAAAGGAAUCGUCCAUCGAGAUCUAAAGCUGGAGAACCUUCUUCUUGACCGAAACCGUAAUAUUAUCAUCACCGACUUCGGAUUCGCCAAUACUUUCGACCCGGCGGAUGAACUAACAGAAGAUGAAGAGUUGAAUCUAUCCGACCGUGAUUUUGUGAAGCGCAUCGGUCUAGAUAAGACAAAACCGAACGGAAUGCGUAGAGGCGAUCUGAUGCAAACAAGUUGCGGAAGUCCCUGUUACGCGGCACCCGAACUAGUUGUCAGCGACUCGCUCUAUACGGGCCGGAAAGUCGACGUAUGGAGCUGCGGAGUUAUAUUGUAUGCUAUGCUCGCAGGAUAUCUACCAUUUGAUGACGAUCCCGCCAACCCUGAGGGUGACAAUAUUAAUCUUCUCUAUAAGUACAUCGUAAAUACUCCGCUCACUUUCCCGGAAUAUGUUACUCCUCACGCGCGAGAUCUGUUACGUCGCAUACUUGUUCCAAGCCCGCGAAAGCGUGCGGACCUAUUCGAGGUGGCUCGGCAUAGUUGGCUGAGUGAAUAUGCGCACGUUGUUGAAUUCAUUACCAGUAGUACAACUACAAGCAGCGAGAUUCAGAACACAACCGUGCCGACUGAGGAUGAGGAUGUUGGAAAUUUGGCAAGGAGCGCAUCUGUUAGAGAAGCGACGAAAACUAAACCAUCUAAUGCAGCUCCAAGUGAUCCGGCGCGGAAGCAGGGCAAAUCCGAUGCAGAAGAGCAAACGUACGGCAAGCAGAAGGAUAAUAAGCGACGAACCGUACAAGUUGAAUAUGUGGCUCCUGUCACUCAGACACAGAGAGGAGGCGAACAGUCGGAUGUUCAUGCGUCACCGCGCGGAAAGACUCGGGCUCGGUCUUCCAGCCAAGGUCCAGUCGAGGUACAUUCUUCGCCUACCGACAAGCCCCUACCGAGAGAUCCACCGGUCUCAAGGGACGACUAUGCUACACCUUCCCGAGACUCUCGAAAGCCGCCGAGCACGCAACGGCGAGACGCACCGCCCCCGAGAACGAAUAUACCCCGUGCCCCGUCCGAUCAUGCUUACAUGAGCACCGCUGCCCCCAGCACAUCGGCCACGAGGCCUACUACUGGAGGCUCGAUGCAAUCGACAGCCUCUAGACUAGCCUCAUCUACACGAGGAUCGUACGGUCAACCACUACCCCCAACCGUUGCCGGUACUAACGUUCAUGGAAGCAUACAACAACCUAAAGGUUCCAAGAACUACGUUAUCUCGAACCCGAUCCCUCAAGAGGCUCCCGACAUGGAUUUUGGUCGACCAAGCAUCAGCGUGCCUUCGAAAUUCGCGCAGGUUUCGGGCUUUACUCAAGGACAGCAGCAGUCGGGCGAGGUCAAAGGCCACCGCAGAUCUAACACUAUCGGCGAAAUCGGAGGUAAGAUCUUCGGUCGCAGUGGAUCGAUCUUUGGAGGUCGCAAGAAGCGCCCGGAUCAAGGGGAUAAAUCAUCCAGGAAGUAUCCCCCGAUCAGUAUGGCGAACGCGGUGCCUGGCGACUCGAGGACUUCUAUGGAAUCCCGUGCUUCUCGGAGAUCCUUCUCUUUGGGACUCGGUAGAAAGCGAAGUGGUAGUAUCUCCGGGUCCCAAGCGUCAUUCGAGAAACCGCAGAACCGCCGUUUCUCCCUAAUGAGGGCUAUAGGCCUAAGCAAAGAAUCUUCAACGCCACCCCCCGAGGCUUCGCAGCAAGAUCUACCGAUUCAGGAGCCACCCGAGGUGGACGAGUAUAAUCAAUAUGUCGAUCCGCAGCAAGGCUAUGCCAACGUGGGACAGCGGUACGGAGAUGGAACAUAUGAGCCUUUACAAUCACCGCGGCCAGAGCCAGUUCGAGGAGACCCUAAUGCUAGCCCUGUUCAAUCGCGAUUCCCGGCUAAUACGAGACCUACGGCACCUACGGCAAUUCCUUCCUAUUUGCAGCAGGGUGCGGUCCUAAAUUCAGAAUCCGAAUCGUCAAUUGAACAACCACAGCGAAAGCCACAACACCCCUCCCCCUACCAGGUUGGCUACGACUCCGACCAAUAUGAUGGACGCCAGGGUGCGCGUGGAAGCGGAAGAGGCGUCUUGCAGAAGAAUAGGAGAUUUGUAGACGCCUACGACGGCGAGGAGUACGGAAGACCUCACGAUCAUGCCGGCAGUAGCGGCGCGGCGAAGAGAGUGAUGGACUUUUUCAGGAGGCGGGGCCGAGCACGAGGAGGCGAGCCUUAAAGAGUCUUCGGGCAUUUUCAAAUAGGGUGCGCCUAGUCAUUAAGAGAAGUCUAUUGUCUACUCGAACAAACGACUUUGGAGGUGCACUGGUGCGCCCAGACGACAUCAAAACUGUUUCUGGAAUCUUUGGAAUGCUAAUGAUACCUUGUUUUUCGCCAAUGCCUAUAUCCUACGUUACCUACCUUGUAAUACAAGAGACGCAAACCUUUUUCAGAAACCAAUCUUAAUAUUCUAUCCGUCGAGACAUGAGACAGAUCGCGGAAGGCCAGGAAAGACGGCAGGGGAGUUAGCAAGCGACCCCCUUCGAGUGUAGUUGGUAGACAGC